AUGGGAUUACCAAUUAAAUCAGUACUCGGCGAUGAGUAUAUCGAUUACAUUACAAUAUCAAUUCCAUUCUUUUUGAUAUUAACAUUGAUUGAAUUUAUCUAUUCAAUUGUUAGAAAGAAAAAGAUGGAUUAUACAAUCACUGAUUCAAUUGGAAGUUUUUCCACUGGAUUAACAACUGUAAUUUUGGAUAAAUUAGUACCUGGAACAUUGGCAAAAAGUUUAGAGUUUAUUUGUGUGAUUUAUAUUUAUAAACAUCAUAGAUUAUUGACUGUUGAUGAAGAUUCUAAAUUGGCUUCGUUAGCAUGUCUGGUUUUGGUUGAUUUUGGGUAUUAUUGGUUUCAUAGACUUGCUCAUGAAAUUAAUGUUUUAUGGUCAUCUCAUUCAACUCAUCAUUCAAGUGAAUUAUAUAAUUUAACAACAGCAUUAAGACAAAAUGCAUUUCAACCAUAUGUUAGUUGGGUAUUUUAUUUACCAUUGGGAUUUUUUAUGCCACCAGGUAUAUUCUUUUUCCACAAACAAUUUAAUACGAUUUCUCAAUUUUGGAUUCACACCAAAUAUAUUCCUAAAUUGGGUGCUAUUGAAUGGAUAUUUAAUACACCAUCACAUCAUAGAGUUCAUCAUGGUCGUAAUCCAAAGUAUUUGGAUAAAAACUAUGCAGGUUUAUUGAUUGUUUGGGAUCGAAUGUUUGGUACAUUCCAAGAAGAGGAGGAGGAGGUAUUUUAUGGUUUGGUUGAACCAAUCAAUAGUUUUGAUCCAACAUGGGUACAAUUCCAUAACCUAUUCAAGGUUUAUGAAAAAGCUGGCACUAUGAAGACAUUUGGAGACAAGAUGAAAGCUAUCUUUUAUGGUCCAGGUUGGUAUCCUGGACUACCACGUCUUGGUGAUAACAAUCUUUGUCCAAUUCCAAAGGAAUCUGAAAAACAAGGUCGUGUCGGUUAUAGUCUACCAGGAUUCAUGGGUCUCUACAUUUUUAUUCAAUUUUUACUAGUCUCUCUUGGAUCGCUUGUAUUAAUGGUUGUUUUUGAAAAACAACUUGGUCAUCAAAAUAUUUCAAUCAUGUUAACCUUUUUAUAUAUUUCAUUUACUACUAUUGGUUCAAUUAGUAGUAGAAAAGAAUAUGCAAUGAUAUUUGAAUUAACAAGAUUAAUUUCAUUUAUACUUUAUACUUAUGAUACACCAUAUAUGUGGUUAAAAGUAGUUAGAGGAUUUUAUUUAUUCUCGUGUAUUUAUAUUGUUGGAAAAAUUCAAAAUCCUUUCAAAAAACAAAAACAAGUCUAA